GGGAGGAACCUCCCUGCCCCAAGUCCACCGUCCCCAUGGCUGAGACGAGUCCACCGUCCCCAUGGCCGAGACGAGUCCACCGUCCCCAUGGCCGAGGCGGAGGCUCCAGCCGACGGGACAGGCAGGCGGCCUCGGGAGUUGCCUCAAGGUGGCCGGCGAGGGGUAGGGCCCAGCCCUGGCCUGAGGGGGCAGCAGUGGUGGCCAUGGCCGAGCCCGGCCCGGGGCGGCACCAGACCCCGGCACAGGGGAGGAAUGGGCGGCCCCCACCGCUCAGAAGACCAGCUGCCACCAGUGUCCGGGGCAUGAGGGAGACUGCUUCUCCAGACUGAGGUGGGGAGUACAAGCCCUGCCCUGUGGGAAGGGCACCAAACCCAGCCAGGGGACGGAGACGUGGUCCAGAUGCCCGCCCUGGGCCCCCACCUUCCCCAGUGAACUUGACCAAGCCCAGCGCUGUCCAGGUGUCCGUCUCCCCAGGCGAGGGCUUCAGCGUCUGUUCCCAGACCCCGGAUGUCGUGGCCCUUCUGUGGUCCCUGAGCGGGCUGUAUAUGGCUGGCCAUCCUGAGGAGAAGGCCGUUCCAUCCGGAAACACAGGCCAUGUGGGGCUCCCAGGAGCUGCUUCUGCUUUGGUUCCUGGUGCUGGCGGCGGGCGGCACCGAGCACGUCUACCGGCCUGGCCGCAGGGUGUGUGUCAUCGGGGCUCCCAGGGGCCCCGUGUCCGAGUCCUUUGUGCAGCGUGUGUACCAGCCCUUCCUCACCACCUGCGAUGGGUACCGAGCCUGCAGCACCUACCGGACCGUCUACAGGACUGCCUACCGCCGCAGCCCUGGGCCGGCCCCCGCCCGGCCUCGCUAUGCCUGCUGCCCCGGCUGGAAGAGGACCAGUGGGCUGCCCGGGUCCUGUGGAGCAGCAGUAUGCCAGCCACCGUGCCAGAACGGAGGGAGCUGUGUCCAGCCCGGCCGCUGCCACUGCCCUGCAGGAUGGCGGGGCGACACCUGCCAGACAGACGUGGAUGAGUGCAGGGCUGGAGGGGGCGGCUGUCCCCAGCGCUGUGUCAAUACCGCGGGCAGUUACUGGUGUCUGUGCCGGGAGGGGCACAGCCCAUCUGUGGACGGGGCACUCUGCCUGCCCGAGAGAGGGGCCCCCAGGGUGGCCCCGAACCCCGCGACAGGGGCGGACGGUGAGGUGAAGGCGGAAGUGCAGAGGCUUCAGUCCAGGGUGGACGUGCUGGAGCAGAAGCUGCAGCUCGUGCUGACCCCGCUUCACAGCCUGGCCUCGCGGGCCCUGGAGCACGGGCUCCCGGACCCGGGCAGCCUCCUGGCCCACUCCCUCCAGCAGCUGGACCGCAUUGACUCUCUGAGCGAGCAGAUCUCCUUCCUGGAGGAGCAGCUGGGUUCCUGUUCUUGCAAGAAGGAGGUGUGACAGUCCGACCCAGGCCCCCGCUCUGGCUACCAAGAGCCCGAGGACACCGACCCCACCCCGCCCUGCCCUGGGCCCUGCCCCGCCACCUCUCCGACCAGGAAGGCCCCCCUGCCCCACGUGGGGAGGUGGGAGUGCGGGCCCUCCUGUGCGAAUCCAGCCCCAGCCCAGCCAGCACCCUGGCCUUGUGAGCAGAGCCCGGCCAGACCCCUGCGCCCCCCGGCCAGCUCUGCAGGCCUAGUGGGCCCACGGCUGAGGAAGGUACGAGGGCUUCCUGCCCAGGGCCUGGCGCCUGUGCUGCUCACCAGGCAGCCCUGAUCAUUGUCAGAAUAAAAUGAGACUUGA